GUGUACUGCCCCACAACUGAGUAUUUGGAAAAAUAUCCUACAUAUGGCAGUGUUCUUCCGGCUCAGAGUCUUAAACCCAAGCAAGAAUUUCGAGGAUACCGUGCUAAAAUGGAAGGAAUAACAACGUUUAAAAUUUUAUAAGAUUUUGAGCCAAACUGACAACAAUUGCCGGGAAGCAAGAUCUCAAAUGCUGCUUCGCUACUUCUGUGUCGAAAGUCGCAUUGGGUUUGGAGGUAUACUUUCCUACACUUUGCCUGACUAGAGAAACCUGGACGUCUAAGCUUGCUCUCUGUCCUCUCCCUGGUCCUUCCACUCCCCAUACGUGUUCUAGCCUGUUCCUUUCUACCUGCUACUUGGGAAGAGCAAAGAACAACUCAGAUGUCUUGAGAAGCAGAGGUCAGAUUAUCGUCCUUAUGAAAUAACCCCACAGCCUCGCCAUGUACCGGAAAAAUAUAAACCGAAACAGGGGGACAUGGACCUUGGCACUACCUACAAACGGGAUUUUAAUCCUCAUAAAACGCAGCCUGUGGCAAUCGUCCGACCUUUGGAGAGACAACGAGUUAAAAAAGGGAAACUGGACACUGUCCCAACCUAUAAAGAUGAUUAUAGGGCUUGGGACGUUCCGAAAAGUGAACUGUAUAAACCAGAACAAAGUUACUAUCCCCCUACCGUGAAAUUUGGAAAUUCAACUACAUUUCAGGAUGACUUUGUUCCUCAGAAGAUACAGCCGAGGCAAAGCUUCAAACCCAGCUCCGUGGUGGAACGUUCCCCAGUCCCUUUUCACGCCGACACAAGCCACCGCCUCGAUUAUGUGCCUCACCAGCUAGAUUCCAAGUCCCCACGGCCCAAAGAAGUCUACAGGCCGGCCGAGCAGCCCUUCGACGACCUCACCACACACCGACGUGACUUCCAGGGUCUUGCUGGUGAAAGCACAAAGAGCUGCAGGCCCACCGACGCCGGGGUGACCCGCCACGCUCGGUUUGAAGGAAGCACUGAGUUCCGCGACAGCUUUCAGCCCUGGGAGAUCCCACCGCCCAGGGCCCGGGAAGUGCAUGCGCACAUCCCCCCCACAGGGACCAUGCAGCUGCACAGCACCAGCCACCUGGACUACGUUCCCUAUCAGGCCAGACGCGUCGUCCCUGUCAGGCCCAUUUCUCACCGAAGAAUCGACCACCUUCCUUUCCAAGGGAAAAGCACCACGAAGGAAGAUUUUCCGGCUUGGGAGAGUUGUCGUCCGGGGCCCAUUAAAAAGCAACCGCAGAUCCCCAACCCGUCUGGAAAAUUCGAUGGUCUGAGCACGUUCCGGUGCCACUACGUACCACACGCACCGAUCCCCACGGAGAGCUGCAAGCCCUCACAGGCUCCUUUCCGGAGCACUGGCCCGCUCGACGCCGUAACCACGUACGCUGUGGAGUUCGCGCCGAAGCAGCAGGAAGUCUGCCCGGCCAGCUAUGCUUGCCCGCCGGGUCACGUCUUUGAAAACACAAAUUCCCAAGGUCACAAAUUCUUCCGCGAGAUCGUGCCUGCAGCCAAGGCCUUCUAACCAGCACCUCACGCUGGCUUUCCAAGGGCGAAACCAAUUGCUUAUAGGAGGAAAAAAAUUAUGAGAUCUAAAACAAAUCGUGUUAAAAUUUUUAAUCAAGGAAAUUGGAAAACUUGUUAUAGGGGAUCAUGUUCUUCAAAUCCAUUUUGCAUCGCUAUGCUAACCAAGAUGGCUCUUUAAUACGCAUUUCUAGAAGCUGAAUAGUGUACGUUCCCACUGGAACCCUUUUAAUCUCCAACGUACCGUUCGGUAGCUUGCCUCCAACCUACCACCAUUCAAACCUGUGUGCAUGACGAUGGCCCCUGUACCGUGAGUCACGAACCAGUCGCCAUUUACCAAGCGUGCUAGAGCCGUCUACGCAGCACCGAAAAUGACACAGGGACCCGUCCUCCAAGGCAGCAGCGAUCCUUUCCCUCAGCCUGCAAGGCCCCUGCAGUGGCCGCCAAGUUGGGUUUUGGGGGAAGGCGGCCACACAGCUCCUCACGUGCUCGAGCGGGGAACAGCCACUGCGCCGUGUGGCACGGAGAGGCUCCGCAGGCCGGGAAUCCAGGGAUCUGGGUCCAAGUUCCAGCGACAUCGGUUUGUACUAGUGCCACCCCGUGCGGGUGACUCAUGUCGGGGUCUCAGCGUCUUCAUCUGUACGAGGGUGUCCGCCCUGCCUACCUCGUGAACAGUGCGCCUCGCACAUGAGCUCACGUGACACGUUCACCACCACCCAAAAGGUCAAAGUGCUAAACACAUGUCAGGGACUGUCAAGAAUUCACUUCCUACCUCUCGUCCCCGCUUUUCCCUUCUUCUAAUCAGGGUAUUCACCUACUCAGUGAUCGCUUCUGGCCUUAGCAAGGGUUGCAAAAGAAACUGAUUUGCUUCGAGCUUACGAGUAGGAUGACUUCGGAGACGUCGUGCCCGAUUAAGCGUCACCAGCACCUGUUACAGAGGGUGGAGAACUGGGACUGGGGGGGAAAUCGCACAUUUUGAACGACGUUCUUUCCAGACGGGAAAUAAUGAGUCGUUUUAGGAAUGACUGAGGGCUCUGAAGAAACCUCCCAGGUGACCUCGGGUAACUGUGCACCUGAUCGCCACGCCCAGAGUCACGAUUCAGGAGCCCGGGGCCCAGGUGGGGGCAUAACGAUGCCCUCCUCAUCCCCUCAUCCCCAUGAAACAGAGAGAACAAACUGCAUCUACAGGUGCUGAACCUUUCCUAAUGAAUUGUGUGCUGUUUUCCCUUUGAUAAAUGAUUGCAUCAUGGGAGAACGUGAUUUAUCAAAAAGUUUAGUCUUCUGUAGUUUUAGAUUUGUUUCAAACUGUACACUGAAUUGAGAAUAAGUCCAUUUAGAUAACAUAUUUUUAAUUAUUUGAAAGUAGUUUGUUUUUAUUUACAUUUGUAUUUAUCAGCGAAAAUCAUGUAGGAUUUUAUAUGUCUAUGCGACAUUAAUAAAGCAUUGAUAAAAGGAA